CACAGGAGGAAGAAAGUAGGUCAGUGUAUUCCUCCUGCCUAUUGUCGUUCCAAUCCGCCUCAGUACACAUGGGCUGCCUUUCCACACGUACUGUGCUGGUCGAUGCAUCUGUGAGAAAAAGCCCAGCUCUGACAUAAGGAGGCCAGUCCACUUCCUGCACCACCCAUCCAGAUCUGGGUCACUGCUGGAAAGAAACUGAGUGAGAUGUUUUGAGGAUAACCGGCCUUAUGAAUAUUUGUGAUGAUCUAAUGGCAGACCAAAGAAUGGACAUUUCCUCCACGAUGAACGAGUUCAUGUCUCCCGGCUCCACUGAUCUAAUCAGCUCGAUCGGCACACCCGGCAUGGACUACACACGCAAGAGAAAAAGCAGCACCACAGACUACCAAAUUGAUGGAUUUUCUUUUGAGGAUAGCAUGGACACAGACAAUGAUAGACUUGGUGAUCAUCAAGGCCGGAUUAAAAAUGCCAGGGAGGCCCACAGUCAGAUUGAGAAGAGACGCAGGGACAAGAUGAACAGCUUCAUAGACGAGCUGGCUGCACUAGUGCCUACAUGCAACGCUAUGUCCCGUAAACUGGACAAACUAACAGUCCUGCGCAUGGCUGUCCAGCACAUGAAGACCUUAAGAGGUGCUGCUAACCCCUACACUGAAGCUAACUACAAACCAGCCUUCCUGUCAGACGACGAACUGAAGCACUUAAUACUGAGGGCAUCUGAUGGCUUUCUGUUUGUUGUUGGCUGCGAUCGAGGGAAGAUACUGUUUGUUUCGGAGUCAGUCUACAAAAUCCUAAACUACAGCCAAAAUGACCUGAUUGGCCAGAGCCUGUUUGAUUACCUGCAUCCUAAAGACAUUGCCAAAGUCAAGGAGCAGCUGUCCUCGUCGGACACGGCGCCACGGGAGCGCCUCAUCGAUUCCAAAACUGGCCUUCCAGUAAAGACAGACAUCACCCCCGGCCCAUCCAGACUUUGCUCUGGAGCCAGGCGAUCCUUCUUCUGCAGGAUGAAGUGCAAUCGGCCCCUCAUUAAAAUGGAGGACAAGGACUUUCCUUCCACCUGCUCCAAGAAGAAAGCUGACCGUAAGAGCUUCUGCACAAUACACAGUACUGGCUACCUGAAGAGCUGGCCACCCACCAAGAUGGGUCUAGAUGAUGACAAUGAACCAGACAACGAGGGCUGCAACCUCAGUUGCCUGGUGGCCAUUGGACAGCUGCAUCCCCACAUUGUCCCUCAGCCAAUGAACAAUGAGAUCCGUGUCAAACCCACUGAGUAUGUCUCACGGCAUGCCAUCGAUGGGAAGUUUGUCUUUGUUGAUCAGAGGGCCACUGCCAUUUUGGCUUAUCUACCCCAAGAGUUGCUGGGUACAUCGUUUUAUGAAUACUUUCAUCAAGAUGACAUAGGGCACCUUGCGGAAUGUCAUAGACAAGUGCUCCAGAUGAGGGAGAAGAUCAAUACAAACUGCUACAAGUUCAAAAUAAAAGACGGCUCCUUUAUCACACUGAGGAGUCGCUGGUUCAGUUUUAUGAACCCUUGGACCAAAGAGGUGGAGUACAUUGUCUCCACCAACACUGUUGUCUGUGUGCCUGAAGGAUCUGAUGGCAUCUAUCCUCAGCUCGCCGCCUCCCCCCAGAGCAUGGAUAGUGUACUCACAGACGGAACCGGCAAGCGGGCCCUUCAUACCGUGCCUGGCAUCCCCGGCGGCACAAGGGCAGGGGCGGGAAAGAUCGGCCGGAUAAUCGCAGAAGAGGUGAUGGAGAUCCAGAGGAUAAGAGGCUCCUCGCCCUCCAGCUGUGGCUCCAGUCCUCAUAACUUCACCAGCACUCCACCCCCAGACAUGUCGUCCCCAGGGGGAAAGAAGAUACAGAACAGUGGAACUCCAGAACAUCCCUCAGCAGGGCUGAUACCGGGACCAGACUCCGUAGGCUAUCCAUACUCCAACAACUCCAAUCUAAGCGAUAACUCUCACAUUGGCAUUGACAUCAUGGAUGAGCCAGGCUCCAGCAGCCCGAGUAAUGACGAGGCAGCCAUGGCUGUGAUCAUGAGCCUUCUGGAGGCAGACGCAGGGUUGGGAGGCCCAGUGGACUUCAGUGACCUGCCCUGGCCACUGUGAGGACUGUCAGGCUUAGGCAAGGCCACCUAAAUGGGCUGAACAUGGUGAAGUAAGGGCUGAGUGUUACAGUAUUCACAUUGUGUCAGUUUGUGACCAGUACCAGAGAGCCAUAUCAACAGGGCUAAUGCAACUGUAGCCUCACAGUAAGGCUGAAUGCAGGCGGGCCCUGAAAAGGAAGGAAUACUAGGCCUGGGAUGUACAGUCCACCUCAGUGCGGUUUGGGAAAAGUGAAACUGCCUCAUUACCCCUGUAGUAUUAUUGUACCAGUUAUCCGGGUUUUUCUAUGUCCAUUCAUCCUCACAGGCAUUGAACCCAGUUCUUUUAUAAUGGCAUUGGGUUUUUUGUAGUGUUUUUACACUACAAAAAACAUGUCAAUAUUUCUAAAGAAAAUUGUAUCAUACAUGUUUAUUCUAAUUUUCUCAAAAUAUGUAUAUGUAAAAGUG